CGCAGCGCUGCAUUGCAUGAGCUCUAAUUAUAAAUAAACCAUCCUAAUCAAAAGUUUAAUUAAUUAGCUAAAUCGAUCCCACCUCUCUCUGAGUGUGCCGAUAUGGUUUGUGGUGCGGUAUCAGUCGGUGCAGUUGCUGCAGUUACAUUGCUUCUUCUCAGUCAUUCAGCCGCAGUUAUUGAGGUUGAAGAAUGCGAUUUUUACCAAGGGAGAUGGGUUUCUGAUAAAUCGUACCCGCUCUACCGCUCCGAGACAUGCCCGUUUGUUUUGCAGCAGUUUAACUGCACCGGAAAUGGGCGGUCGGAUCUUCAAUAUCAGAAGUAUAGAUGGCAGCCCACUAACUGCAACUUACCAAGGUGGAAUGGGGCAUAUUUUGCGAGAAAAGUGAGAGGGAAGCGCAUAAUGUUCGUGGGGGACUCACUAAGCAUGAAUCAGUGGCAAUCUUUGGCAUGCAUGAUUAAUGCUGCGUAUCCAACUACUCCCUAUCAGCCCAUCAAAACCACGGCCUUAUUAUCCACCAUUAUAUUCCCGAAAUUGAACAUUACGUUGAUGUACCUUCGAAACGCAUUCAUCGUGGACUUGCUAAUCCAAAACGGGAAAAGAGUGCUGAAACUCGACUCCGUCGCAGGCAGUUCCAAACAGUGGCUGCAAAGCAACCUAUUGAUCUUCGACACGUGGCACUGGUGGCUUCAUGGGGGAAAUAAACAACCAUGGGAUUUUAUUCAAGAUGGGGAGAUUAUGAAACCAGAUAUGGAUAGGUUAGAGGCGUAUGAGAAAGCUUUGAGGACGUGGGGAAAAUGGGUGGACAAAUACGUAAAUCCCAAGAAACUCAAGAUAUUUUUUCAGGGCGUUUCUCCUGAUCAUUGGAAUGCGACGUAUUGGGGGAUGCCAGAAUUGCAGCGAUGUGGAGGAGCACGAAGGCCCCUAAACCAAGAAAUGGAAGAAGGUGACGACACCAACAAGGCUGGUGUUGUAUUGAAAGAGGUGUUAGGAAGCAUAAAGAAACGAGUAAACUUACUAGACAUCAAUCGAUUGUCGCAAUUUAGAGUUGACGGACACCCUUCUAUUUAUGGAAACCCUAGACAUAUCGGCAUGGAUUGCACUCAUUGGUGCCUUCCAGGAGUUCCUGAUGCAUGGAAUCAAUUUCUUUAUGCUACUCUUCUUACUAUUUGAUUUAUGUGUGCAAAAUGACUAUAUUUGAAUUUAUUUUAUUGGUGUAAAUUGUGAUUGUAUUU